CUGGACGGUACAGCGUACUUAACAAUUUAAUGUUUAAUAAAAGUAGGAUGAACACCUUGUUUUCACGGGGAAAUCAGGAAUGAUUCUUCCGCUUCCCAAGAGUCUGAACAAUCAAACGGAAGCUGAAUUGGCUGUGACCAAGCUGUCUGCAUAUUGUGUUGGGAACCUCAUGCUCUCUGAAUCCUGCUGCUGACAAGUCGAAAAAGCCUGAAAUUCCACCCAAACAUUGGAAUCAAGUUCCCUCAGGUUAAAAAAAAACCCAACUGUUUGUAAGUUCAUUGACUUCAACUUGAUUGGUGCUGCCUUGACAAAGACUGGGUCGAAGGAGGUGAGACUUAAGGCGUGUGUCCUGUUUGCCUGGAGAUGAAGCUGCAGGCAGUAAUGGAGAACUUGCACAGGCAACAACGGGCCAGACUGCUGAUGGAGAUGGAACAGCAGCAGCAGCAACAGCAGCAGGCGGGAACAUUUCCGAGCUCCUCCCCUACAAGCGACGAGUUGAAGCUGAGCGCCGCCUCUGAAACAGAGCAUGCUCAGAUGGCAGCGUUGGCAGCUAUGAGGGCCGUGGCGGCCGGGCUGCAGAGGAGAACGACAGCCGACAGUCCCACGUCAGAGCACAGCAGCAGCGGAGACGAGAACGAAGAGGAUGGAGCGCAAGAGGAGAACGGAGAGGACCACUAUAGGGACAUGAUGGGGUCAGAGGAGGAGGAGCAAAUAAAGCAGAAGUGGGAUGAGGAUGACUUCGAGGGGGAGAUGGAGGAAGACUAUGAUGAUGACAUGGCAGAGGAAGGCCUGCAAAUGGGCCUGGAAUCGGCAACCCCGGGCCGAGGCAUCCUGCUGCUGCCUCAUCGUCAGCAUCACCCUCAGUUUAAACUGCAGAAAGCCCGACCGGGGCUCGAAUCUGAACCACGGGUCUCAAGUUUACCGACGCCUCCUUCUCACAGCCAGCAACUUAGUCAGGACCACACAGACUGGACAUACGAGGAGCAGUUCAGACAGCUUUAUGAACUGGACAGCGACCCGAAGAGGAAAGAGUUCCUGGAUGAUCUGUUCAGCUUCAUGCAAAAAAGAGGGACACCAGUGAACAGGAUCCCCAUCAUGGCCAAGCAGGUGCUGGAUCUGUAUAUGCUAUACAGGCUGGUGACUGAGAAGGGCGGUCUGGUGGAGGUCAUCAAUAAGAAGCUUUGGAGGGAGAUCACCAAGGGUCUGAACCUGCCUACGUCCAUUACCAGCGCUGCUUUUACUCUGAGGACACAAUACAUGAAGUACCUUUACCCCUACGAAUGUGAAAAGCGGGGUCUCAGCAAUCCCAAUGAACUCCAGGCUGCUAUAGACAGUAACAAACGGGAGGGACGACGCCAACCCUUCGGCAGCUCUAUGUUCCCCUACUCGCCUAACGGGGCAUCUACUGUACUCUCUUCCCCCAAGAUCUCAAUGCCCAGCAUCGGAAUGGCUGUGGGCACCAGUGAUGCCUCUCUGUCUUCCGUGCACAAAGUCAAAAAGGAAGAUGACAGCAGCCAGUUUUUAAACGCUCAUGUCAACAGACUGCCUGGUCCUCUGGCAGCUCACUCGGUGGCAGUGGCUCAGGCUGCAGCGGUGCAGGCAGCCAUGGCCGCCCAGGUCGCUGCACUUGAGCAGCUGAGGGAGAAGCUAGAGAGCGGUGAGCCACCUGAAAAGAAAAUGGCACUGCCCUUCGAGGAUCAUCAGCGGCUGUUGCAGAGGGCACUGCAGCAGAACCUGCUGGCCAUGAGCACCCAGAUGCCCAUGAACAUUCGCAUCAACAAUCAAGAGAGCAGACAGGAUUCAGCCCUCAACCUCACAAUGAAUGGCCUGAGCAGCAUCAGUAUGUCGGUGGAACUCAAUGGAGUCGUCUACACUGGUGUGCUUUUUGCACAAGCUUCGGGUCUAAACUCUUCUGGAGCAGCUACCAAAACGUCCGGGGAUCGCAGCGAAUCACAACAACUUCCUCAAACACCUACCUCAUCCACCUCCACCAACCCCUCACCGUAAAAACACCUCACCACCGUCUCCGUCUCAAAGCUAGCUAAAGCCAAAAGUCAACCUCAUUUUUUCAGAGCCUAUGCCAAAUAUCAUGCAGGAAUAAUCAAUUCCGUGAUCACUUGAUGCACACUAUCUCAGGUUCUUUUACUUGUACUCUUGUACCUACUCUUUUGUUCAGAAGCCAAAAUGAACACAAACAAAAGAGUUAAUGGGGGGAAAAACCAAACAAGCCUAUAUGAUAUAUGCAAAUGUGUGAAUAAUAUAUUUCUUUAUUGGGUACACAUGAAUAGAAGAGUAGGAAGCAGUAAAGGUAGCACACUGUUAGGCACUGUUUACACACCUGCUGACUG